CGGAGGAUCGGUUCCUUCGGACAGCGCAGGACCCUGUCACCUGGAUUGUUUCAUUUCGAGCCAUCAAUCUGUCACAUUUGGGACCCUACUGUGUCACAAAUGAGUACACCACAACAAUCCAGACAGGUCCAAGCCCCCAAGAUAAAAUAUGACCGGGAGUUCCUGCUGGACCUCCGGUUUGCUGAUGUCUGCAUGAGGAGACCUGAGUGGCUGCCACACAUUAGCGACGUGGUCCUGGACAAGCCCAGCAGACUGUCCCUGAUCCCCUGGGGUGCUAGCCCUCUCAGGGGUGUGAAUGAUGGCUCUGAUUUCUCCCCGCCCUUCAUCAACCGGGGAAGGCAGUCCAUGGAAGGAAGAGGAACUGUGAAUCAUUCAGGGGAAGCCAGCCUGUAUCAUCACCACCCCCCUCCUCGCAUCCUUCACAGAGACAGCUUCCAGAAAGCAAGGAACCCAGGGAAUUCCCAGCCACCCCAGAUGGAUAACUCCUGGAUUUCCCAGCGUCCUCAGCGUGAGGAGCUGAGGAAAGUAAUCCCUGGCAUGCCACUUGGGAGUGAUGUGCUGCUCAACAGGGCGGAGAAUGCCUGGAGGCCGGCAAUGUGGAAGCUGACGGUGGGGGACAGGGGGGAGUCCGAUCACGAGGCGGCUGGGACACAGGAGAUCCUCUGCAGAAUACGGAGCAUCCUCAACAAACUGACCCCAGAGCGAUUCCAUUCCCUGGCCCGGCAGGUGGCCUCGCUUGCUAUCAACACAGCUGAGCGCCUCAAGGGUGUCGUCUGCCUUGUCUUUGAGAAGGCCAUCUCCGAGCCCAAGUUCUCCGUCACUUACGCUAGCAUGUGCCGCUAUCUCAUGGAGCUCAACGUUCCCACUGUUGACAGUUCAGGAGACACCCUAAAUUUCUGCUCACUGUUGCUGGAUCUUUGCUGGAAGGAGUUCAAGAAAGUUGUGGAAAAUGACAAGAUUUAUGGGAAGAGACUGGCGGAGCUGGAUAAAGUUUCCACGAAGGAGGAGAAACAGCAUCUGAGGGAGCAGCUGGAGGUGGAAGCAGAGGCCCACCGGCGAUGGUCACUUGGUAACAUGAGAUUCAUCGGCGAGCUUUUCAAGCAGAAGAUGGUGAGGGAGAACAUGGUGCAGAACUGCAUUGCCAAAUUGCUGAUCAAGGAAACAGAGGAGGCCCUGGAGUGUUUGUGCUGCCUGCUCUCCACCAGUGGAAAGACUCUAGACUACAACAAGAGCAAGCCCCAUAUGGACCAGUGCUUUAAACAAAUGGAGGAGAUUGUUAAGGGGAAAAAAACCACGCCCAGAAUACGUUUUUUGCUGCAAGACAUCCUGGAACUGAGACAGAAUAACUGGGUCCCGAGGAGAGAGGACCAGGGGCCCAAAACCAUUGACCAGAUCCACAAGGAGGCAGAGCAGGAAGAGCAGCAGGAGCAGAUAAAGAUCCGACAGCAGCUCCUGCCCAAGAGGGACAGCUGGGGCCGUGGAGGCCUGCACCCUGCCUGGGACCACAGCUCCCUGCUGCUGGAUGAGUGCUGGAACCCCUCUCCCGUCUCACCUAAGAACCACCAUUUUGAUGCUAGUCAGCUCAGCAGGAUUGCCAAGAUUGGAUCAUUGGACAUCAACAACUUGCUUUUUAUCCCUGGAGGGGAAGGAACCUGGAGGAACUGGAGCAGGGGCAGUAAUGGGGGUUCAGGCUUCAAGCACAGUGGGGAUCCAGAGUCAGGAUGUCUUGGCACCAUGUCCCGGUCCACUGACUGCUACCGCAGUAUCACCCCAAGAAAUGUUUGGAACCGGGACUGUGGGAGAUACAGUGACCAAAUUGACUGGCCCGAGAACUCAGGUCCACACUGGGACCAUUUCGAGCACUGUGAAGAUAGGGGCCUGGAAAGACAGAGGCUUCCCAUCAGAAAACAGAACUUUUACCCAGAGACUAAGGAGGGUAGCUGGGAGACAGACUACUGCAGCUCUGCUAGCAGCAUGCACCAGGGCCGUGACUGGAACAGGGGCAGAUGUGACCAGGACCAAGUUGGCAACUGUAACUUCCCGACCUGGCCUGUUCUGGCCUGCUCUGCCUCAUCUGAACCUGGCCCAGCUCAGUUUGGCCCAGGUCAGCCCAACCUGGCUCAGCCUGUCCCAGCACUGCCCAUUCCAGUGCAGCCUAGCACUGCCCGGCCCAUCAUGACCAGGGACAAACUGGAGAAAAAGUCAAAGGCCAUCAUCAAUGAGUACCUACACAUCAAUGACAUGAAGGAAGCACUGCUGUGUGUUCAGGAGAUUGACUGUGCGCCGCUGCUCUUUGUGUUUGUGCGGAACGGGAUUGAGUCGGUGGUGGACCGAGACACUGUCGCCAGGGAGCGAAUGGGGCUCCUGCUGCACCAGCUGGUGAAGGUGGGCACCUUGCCAGCUGAGCAGUUCUUCAAGGGGCUGCAGGAGAUUCUAGAGGUGGCUGAAGACAUGGUGAUAGACGUCCCUCAUAUCUGGCUCUACCUGGCGGAGAUUGUUGCUCCAGUGCUCUGCGAGGGGGGCCUUCCCAUUGGACAGUUCUUCAGAGAGGCGUCCAUGCUGCCACUCAACAAAGCUGGUGUCCUGUCGGUGGAGAUUCUCCUCCUGCUAAGUAAAGAAAUGAGCCAUGAGAGGGUGGGGGAAAUGUGGAGAGACUCAGGCCUCAGCUGGAAGGACCUCCAGUCUGAAAACAAGGAGGCUGUGAUUGAAAAGAUCUGUUGUGGGUGUGCUUUGACACACUGUCCCCUGAGGACAUGACCAAGGAGAAGGCCCUGCACCUGUGUGACUGGGACUGGGAUUCUGCAGGGCAGCCGGGGCUCUGUCCAACUCUCCAAUAACAUGGCAC